AUGUCUACUUUAUAUAUUUAUUUAUUGUUGAUUCUCUUUAUAAAUAAAACAAACUUUUUAAAUUCAUCAAAUAUUCCAAUAAUAAAUGAUAUAAAAUAUGAUGUUGGUAGUGCAUUGGUUUAUGGAUCGAACAUGAAUAGUGUUGCGAAUGUAACUGUGACGAAACUAGGUAGUUCGAGUUCGGAUCUGUUGCAUUUCGUAUCGAUUUCAUCGAAUGACAGUGUAUUGCAAGUGAAUUUCGAUGGCACCGAUGUCUACUAUGGUACCAUUGAGCUGUGUAGUAGUGUGUGUGCAAGACACCAGUGGAAUCCAAUAGUCAUCGACAGUAUAUCGAUGGUACCAACACAGGGUGGUAACAUUACGAUCAACGGUUACUACCUCUUGCCAUUUCCUCAACUGAACAACUCGCUCACCUUUACCAAGUGGUCUAUCACACCACCGACCGUCUUUAACAACAUCAGUAUGAUCGUAGUUCAAUAUCAACCACCACCACCACUAUCAACACCGAAACAACAACCACAACCAUCCGGUAGUAAUGUAACUAUUGACAUACAAAUUAAAGAUUCAAUAUUAAAAAGAUCAUAUUCAUUUAAAAGUCCUGUAUUUGAAUUGGUUGAAGUAAUAAACUCAAGUUUACAUAUAAAUGGACAGAGUUUUGGAUCGGAUGUUUCUUUACUCUCUGUAAAACUAGAUGGUGUACCAUUGAAUAUCACACAGUUAAUAAGUCAUUACAAUAUUACAUGUAGUUUUGCUGAUAAUCCGUUAUUAUAUUACUCAAGUCUAUCAAUUGCUGGUAUUAAAAAGUUGGUUGUUGAUGUAAAUAAUAAUCCAUCUUCAUUUGAUUAUAUAAAUAGACCUAUUGUUAAUCAAAUAUCAACAGUCGCAUCAAAUACAGGUGGUACAGUUUCAAUAAAUGGUGAACUGUUUGCAUCUAUUCUAAAUAAUAGUAAAGCUAGUACGAAUGUUUCGGUUUCAAUUGGAAAUGGUGCGAUUGUACCUACUGAUAUAAAGAUAGUCAAUAAUACUCUGAUUACAUUCGCUGUACCACCUAAACCUAAAGAUAUGGUGUUGAGUAACCUGGAGUUGGUAGUUACAAUCGACGGUGCUUCAUCUAUCGCUCAAGAUGAUACGGUGUUCUCCUACGACCGACCAACACUCGUCAGUUCGAAACAGAUCGUCGAUAACAUUGUCAUUACAGGAAGAAACAUUGCUCUCUCCAGUAUGGUCGUUGUAUUCUUUGAUAAGGACACAUCGCUUCGUCCCGAUAGUCUGUCGAACAACACCAACAACAAUGAUACGCUGAUAACAUUCGAUGUUGAUUCCAUACCUUACAAUAUAGCGAGUGGUAGUUACAGUAAAGUCUAUAUAAAUGCAAAUAAUAUUAGAUCAAACUAUGUCACUGUAAAUAUUAAACCGAUCAUUGUGUCGUCAACACAUGCACCGGUUCAAGGUGGUUUGGUAACGCUGUUUGGUAGAUUCUGGAACGCCGAUACACCACAGACCUCCAUCAAGGUAACCAUCGGAGGCAAAGCGUGUCCACUCAGCAGUCCACCAUCACCCGCUGCCAUCCGAUGUUUCAUGCCACCCGGUACCGGUCUAAACCAAUCGAUUCAACUCCAAUUGAAUGGAAGUGUCGUUGACAGACCAGAUAAUUAUAAAUUCCAAUAUCAAAAUCCAGUUAUUGUUGAUAUAAGUGAAGGUAGUUCUAAAGGUGGUGUCGUUACUCUGAUAGGUGCCAACUUUGCAAAUAAACUAAAUAUUUCACUUGGAAAUCAGACUUGUGACAAGUCAACCUAUGUCAACGAUACAAUGGUGCUCUGUGAUAUCUCUGCUAGCAAACUCUCGAAUCUACCUGCCGAUACAUUGCUAAUGGGAAAUGUAACGGUCGAUGGUCUCAGUGGAACUGCACUUUUAUAUAAAUUCAGUAAGACUACAAAUAUAAAUAAUCAUUCAAAUACAAGUGAUGGAUUUAAAUUAAUUUAUAUUAUACCGAUUGUUGUUAUUGUAUUUGCACUCAUCUCGAUUGGUGUAAUCAUAUACGUAAAGAGAAGAAGACCAAAGAAAAUGUCGAUCGUACAAAUACAACUAAAUCUAUUGAGACCUUCUCACUUGGAUGACGAACAAUUCGAAGAACGUUGGUACGAAGAACAAUUGAAUAUGUUAAUACGAGAAGGUAUACCUAAAAGUGAAGCAAAAGCAUAUUUAAAAUGGUUCCAAGAGAAUAAAGAUAAAUAA